UUUGAGUUGUGGAUAGCCAUCACAGCAACAUAUCGCCCACCAUGCGGAAAUCGCGCGUGCUACGGGUCUCGUCGACCCGCGACAUAUGUAUCUUUUGCGCCACUCGCCAACUCGCCGCGGCGGAUGCCCUUGCUGCAUCACCAGGCGUGUCUCAGCGGAGGCAUCUCAAUUCAUCGAGCCGGGCGCCCCAACAUGCUGAAGGGACGGUUUUUAAAGACGAGGCAGUCCCAGCUCCUCCCGCGCCAAAGCGAAUGUUGUCACAAGCGGAGAGGAUGCAGCAGUUACUUCGAGCAAGGGCUCCAGCACCCCCUCCGCCGCCGCCAACGCCUCCUCCGAACCGCAUGCGAAUGAACUCAACGAUGCCGCGAGAUAACGGCAGAUCGUCCUUCCAAUCGUCCAUGCCGUCGCCGCGAUCGCAGUAUCAGCAGAGACAACCCCUGCCCCCACCAUCGCAAUACCAGCAGAGACAGCCUUUGUCCCCACAACCGGGACAGCCGAUGGAUCAGAGACCGCCGUACCGAAGCUCCAUGCUCAAAGGUCCUGCGCGCAAUCAUCAGGCUCCCAGACAAGGUCCUGGAUAUCGAUCUAACCCCAAAUCAGAGGGCCAAGGCUAUCAGAACACGCGUUACAAUGUCAACAUGGACUCGCGAGCUGCGCCUGCUGUAGAUUUGCCAGCAUUCGGCACUGGACAACUGCGCAAGAAGAAUGACUCCCAGAACCUCGCGUCUGCCAGAGCCCCUGCAAGUGCGCCUAUUUCGCAACCAGCGUCGCGGCCUCCAAAAUUGAGUCAAUCAGAACUGGAGGAAUUAUUGGGUGGCAAUUCAAGAGCGGGAGGAUCGCGACCGCGAACGCCCCUGGUACAACGAGGGAAUACUGUCACAAAGGCUUGUAUGCAUUGCGGGAACACGGAUCAUGAUAGUUCUUUGUGUCCAGACCAGCCAGUUCUCCGCCGACCAGCGCCUGCCCGUGCCCAGUUGCCAAAUUACUCGACGCAACAAGCAGAUCUCACCGACGCGGCGGCUGACUUCGCCAGAAAGCAUAGUUCUAAAUUCGAAAGCGAACAGGUUGCGCUGAACUCCAACGAGGAGCGGCGCCGUGGUGGCAGGAAGAGUCGCCGUUCUCGUGAUGAGGAGGAAGAUGAGGCGGUGGAGACACGCAAUCGGUACGAUGAACCAGAGCAUCGCAAGGGGGGCUAUUUGCGAGACGUUGGCCGACGUCAUCGUGUUAUGCGAGACGAAGACUUUGAGGAAGAUGAUGAUUACGUAGACAAAGCAGAACGCAGGCGACUGCGGCAGGAAGCUAAGAGGAAGAUGCAGGAGACGAAGGAACCGAUGCCUGUCUACCUUCCACAGUAUAUCAGUGUCGCCAACCUCGCUACGGUUUUGAAAGUACGUUUGGAAGAGUUCGUGGCCAAGCUGGAAGAGUUGGGUUUCGAAGAGGUGCAAUCGGACCAUAUCCUCAAUGCUGAGCACGCAGGCCUUGUUGCUCAAGAGUACAACUUUGAACCUAUUGUUCAAGCAGACGAAGACGAUGGAGAUCUCCUUCCAGCCCCUGCGCUGUCUCCUGAGGACUAUGCUAAGCUGCCUGCCCGACCCCCUGUUGUCACCAUCAUGGGUCACGUCGAUCACGGAAAGACUACUAUUCUGGACUACGUACGCUCUUCGAGUGUCGCAGCUGGCGAAUUCGGGGGCAUCACUCAACAUAUUGGCGCUUUCAGCGUCCCUUUGUCUUCAGGCAAGAAGAUCACAUUCUUGGAUACACCUGGCCAUUCCGCUUUCGAGACAAUGCGUGCCAGAGGCGCAAACGUCACAGAUAUCGUCGUCUUAGUCGUAGCAGCCGACGAUUCUGUCAUGCCUCAGACAAUCGAGGCUAUCAAGCAUGCUCAAGCAGCUCAAGUGCCCAUGAUUGUUGCCAUCAACAAGAUUGACAAAUCGCAGGCGGACCCAGAAGCGGUCAAGCUUGACCUUGGCCGUCACGGUAUCGAGGUCGAAGACUUUGGUGGGGAUGUCCAGGCUGUAUGCGUUAGCGGCAAGACCGGUCAGGGUAUUCCGGACCUCGAGGAGGCCAUUACUACGCUUUCCGAAAUGCUUGAUCACCGGGCUGACCCGGAUGCUAACGUCGAAGGAUGGGUCCUGGAAGGUAGUACGAAGAAGUCUGGGAAAGUGGCCACGGUCCUUGUCCGCACUGGCACUCUCCGUCGAGGUGACCUCCUCGUAGCUGGCAACACAUGGACCCGCGUCAGGAGUCUGCACAAUGAAGCUGGUGCGGUCGUCGAUGAAGUCGGCCCCGGUAUGCCUGUCGAAGUUGACGGUUGGCGCGAACAGCCCAUUGCCGGAGACGAGGUCCUCCAAGCCACCGACGAGCAGCAUGCCCAGGCUGUUGCUGAGUUACGUCUAGAGAAGCUGGAGCGCGAGCAGAUGGCCAUAGACAUGGAAGCUAUCAACGUCGCGAGACGUGAGGAAUCCGGGCGUCGUGAGGCUGAAGAAGCGGCCGCCGAAGCGCAAAAGAAUGGCGAGGUCGUCGAAGAGGUCGCAACUGAAAGGGAGACGGGCCCAGAGCUCGUCUCGUUCAUUGUCAAGGGUGACGUCUCUGGCUCUGUCGAGGCAGUUAUCGACCAGAUCUCUGCGCUCGGCAACGGCGAGGUCGGCACACGCAUCCUGCGCCAUGGUGUUGGUUCGCCGUCUGAGUUCGACAUCGAGCACGCUGCCGAUGCAAAGGGCCACAUUGUCAACUUCAACACCGACGUCCCCAACAACAUCAAGGCCUUGGCAGAGAGGAAGGAAGUCAAGAUUCUUGACUCAAACAUCAUCUACAGGGUCGUGGAAAAUGUCAAGGCUCUGUUGGAGGAGCGACUCCCGCCUAGAAUCGUGCAACGCGUCACCGGUGAAGCAGAGGUCGCCAUGACAUUCGAGAUUGGCCUCGGGGGGCGGAAGAAGAUUCUCGUUGCUGGAUCAAAGGUCCGCAAUGGCGAGAUCAAGAAGGGCUCCAGGGUCAGAGUGUUGCGUAGGAAUGAGGCGGUGUUCGAUGGCACGGUUGGAUCACUCAAGAACCAGAAGAAGGACGUGCAGACCAUGCACAAGGACACCGAGUGCGGUAUCGCGUUCGACGGCGGCUGGUCUGAGUUUAAGGUCGGAGACAAGAUCCAGUGCUAUGACGAAGACAAGAUUAAGAGAACUUUGUAAGAUAUGGAAUGCAUGCUUUGCAUAUAGACGGAUAGACGGCUGUACGAGUAGACGCAGGUCGGUCGGCCGGCCGGGAGCACUGCACUUCCCCGCUUUCUAUGCACAUAACUUGAGAUCUCGCAGUGGAUCCUGUGUACACACACACCUU